GCAACUUCUGUAUUCAUCAUUGGUUUCAUCGCAGCUCCUCCAGUAGAUAUCGAUGGUAUCCGUGAGCCUGUUUCUGGUUCUCUUCUAUACGGAAACAACAUCAUUUCUGGUGCUAUCGUUCCUACUUCUGCAGCAAUCGGUAUGCACUUCUACCACUAUCUGGGAAGCUGCUUCCGUUGAUGAAUGGUUAUACAAUGGUGGUCCUUACCAACUAAAUCGUUCUUCACUUCCUUUUAGGUGUAGCUUCUUACAUGGGUCGUGAAUGGGAACUUAGCUUCCGUCUAGGUAUGCGUCCUUGGAUCGCUGUUGCAUACUCUGCUCCUGUUG